AUGGAAAUUGAAGAAGAAGAAAGGACCAUCCAAGAACUAAUAGCAUCUUAACCAUCAAUUAUUAAUGUGGCAAUUUAAGUUGAUUUGGAUUAAUAUUUUCAAAAAAUCAAUGUCAAAUUGAAUAAAGAGCUCAUGAAAAAUAAUCAUCUACGUAAUAGCUAUUUGGACAUAUUUGAAAAAGACAGCAUACAAAGGAAACAAUGCUCAACAACUGAAUUAUUAAUCAAUUUAUUCAAGACUUCUUAUACAGAAUUUAUGAAUAAAUAAAUCGACAAUAUUGGAAUUAUUAAACUAUUUAUUGAAGACAAUAUUGAUGCCUUCAUUACAGGGUCACUGAUACCUCCUCAAUAAGUUUGGCAUGAUUAUAAGAUAUUGAUUUUAGCCAUUAUUAUUAAAAUUAUGAGAAUGAAAAGCACUACAGGACAACUAAUUUAUGAAUGCAUGGUGGCUCAAUUAUAUCAAAAAUUAGCUUGUGUUUUUAAAAACGAGGGUCCACCUAUACCAGAAUUCAAAGAUUAUUUUGAGUGGUACUUUUGGUCAAGUGACAGAAACAAACAAUUAGAAAUUAAUGAACUGACAGAAGAUGAAUAGCGUUAAUUAAGAAUAGUAAGCAUCAUCAGAAAAUAUUCCUUUCUUUUUUGGAGUUUAUUAUGGGUUGAUCCCAAUUAAAUUCUAAACUUAAAUCCAGACCUACAACAAUUUAGAGAGUAAUAGAAAAUUCCUGCUUAUAGAUAUUUGGAUAAGGAUAGAUAAAUGUUUGCAACGCUAAUUUUAAAAUUCGUUUAAUGUGAUACUUUUGCCUUUGUUCCAGCACUUAAUGCAUUGUUUGAUGUUGUUUAAGACAAGAAAAUAUUGUUGCCUAUUUUCAAUAAAUUUUCAGAUAAAUUGAAUAAUGAAGGACUCCUAGAGAGUUUGUUGGAUGAUAUAGGACCAUUGAAGGAAUAAGCUAAAAAUGAGUUCUUUGUUUAUCCUUAGGUUCAUGAUAAAGGAUUAGUAAAGAUUGUUUAAGGGAAAUUAAAAAUACUCAGGAAUGAGGCAAGCCAAACAGAAAAUGAUUUUUAUGCAAAAUUAUUUUUAAACGAUUAGAGACCUACAUUCUAUUAGGAUUGAUUUAAAUAACAGUUAAUAUUUUAAUUUUUGAAUUUAUUUUA